AGAUGGGUGUGGAAAAACAGCACAAAGUCAGCUGCGUACGCAAACAGAAAACACCGGAGAGGGUCACGCCCACAGCUUUUGGGUAACUUUGGCCAUUUAAAGCCUUCUGAGGAGAGUGAGCGCUGGAAGUGACCGCAGCUGAGGACGAGAUGGACAUGCUUCCCUGUGUGCCCCUUGUGCUGCAAAUGGCGAAAAUGGAUUUUGAAAAAAGGGUGUUUGUCAACAGGAGCCUGACACUGGAAAAUAUCAAGUGCUAUGGCUUUGACAUGGACUAUACUCUUGCAAUGUAUAAAUCUCCUGACUAUGAGAGCAUGGGCUUUGAGUUGAUAAGAGACAGAAUGGUGUCAGUUGGAUACCCUCAUGAGAUUCUUCGCUACACAUAUGACCCAAGCUUCCCCACUCGUGGAAUAGUUCUUGACACCACAUUGGGGAACCUGCUGAAGGUGGAUUCUAAUGGGAACAUCUUAGUUUGCUGUCAUGGUUUCUGCUUCCUUAGAGAGGAAAACAUUGAGUUCAGCUACCCGAAUAAAUUCAUCCAAAGAGAUGACACUGACCGGUUUCACAUUCUUAACACCCUCUUCAAUCUGUCAGAGACAUAUCUUUAUGCCUGUCUGGUGGAUUUCUUUACCCGAUGCUCCAGAUACACAAGCCUCCGGAAAGGUUUCCAGCAUGGCGACUUGUUCAUGUCCUACAGAAGCAUGUUCCAGGAUGUUCGAGAUGCAAUGGACUUUGUUCACGAUACAGGAACCCUGAAAGAAAAUACGAUCAAGAAUUUGGAAAAGUACGUUGUUAGAGAUCCAAACAUCCCUGUGCUCCUGACUCGAAUUAAAGAGGUGGCAAAGAUUUUCCUGGCUACUAAUAGUGACUACAACUACACAGAGGCCAUCAUGAAGUACCUGCUGGAAGGUAACACAAUGCCUGGAACCCCCAAAAAACCCUGGCGCUCCUUCUUCGACCUUGUUGUCGUUGACACCAGAAAGCCACUGUUCUUCGCUGAUGGCACUAUGCUGAGACAAGUGGACACGAACACAGGGAAGCUGCGCAUUGGGACCUACACCGGCGACCUGCAGCACGGAACCGUUUAUUCCGGAGGAUCUUCUGACCUCAUCUCUGAUCUGCUGGAUGUCAGAGGCAAGGACAUCCUCUAUGUUGGAGAUCACAUCUUCGGAGACAUCCUCAAAUCAAAGAAACGUCAAGGCUGGAAGACCUUUCUGGUCGUACCUGACCUCAUCAAGGAGCUGCAAGUGUGGGAGGAAAGGAAAAUUUUACUGAUUUUUCUUGGGUUUUCAGAUCUCUUUGAAGAGCUAAAACGUCUUGACCUCUUCCUAGCUGAACUGUACAGGCAUUUAGACAGCGGCAGCAAAAAUUGUCCUGACAUUGGCACAAUCCAGACAAGAAUAAAGGUACUGACCUACAGAAUGGACAUGUCCUACGGCCAGAUGGGGAGCCUCCUGCGCAGCGGCAGCACGCAGACACUGUUUGCCAGCCAGCUGAUUCGUUAUGCAGAUCUGUACUCCUCCACCUGCAUCAACCUGCUGCACUACCCCUUCAAUUACCUCUUCAUGGCCCCCCCAGUCCUGAUGCCCCAUGAGGCAGCUUCUGCAGAUGUUGCUUCAGCAGAGCAGAAUGUGAACAACCACAUGGUCACGACGAACAGAAACUAAGUCUUUUCCCUCUACAGAUGGAUCUUAUGGUGUGUUUCUUCAUGAGGCAGAACAUAGUAAAGGUUGCGGUCGUCGCCAGCACACAGAUGAAAAGAAUCAUCAUGUCCUACACCUAGAGCGCCAUCUACUGGAAAAAUAAUGCUGUGCCAUAAAAUGUUUACUCCUAACAGUUUAGGAUUGUUGUUGUAUAGGGUGUUUUACAUCUAAUGGUGCAGAAUGCACUUUUAAUCUAAGGUUUGUGUAAUGGUUUUAAAAACACAUUUUUAUUUAUUUAUUGUUUGUCCAACUUCUGCUAAAGUCAAUAUAUCACUGCUAUUACUUGUGUUGUCUAUUUAUUAAACAACUUAAAGUCAA